AUGGGUGGAAAUGGGAAGCACAGAUGGAAAAUCUCUUUCUAUUCUCGCUCAAAACCUACACAAACCCAACAACAAUCUCCUAAAGAAUUCCUUUGUCCCAUUUCUGGAUCCUUAAUGUUUGACCCUGUUGUUGUCGCCUCGGGCCAAACCUUCGAGCGGCUGUCCGUCCAAGUUUGCCGCGAUUUAGGCUUUACCCCUACCCUCCAAGACAACACCCUUCCUGAUUUCACCGCUGUAAUCCCCAAUUUAGCUAUCAAAUCAACGAUUCUCAAGUGGUGUGAUACUUCAGGCACCCAACACCCUUCCGAGCCGGAUUACUCCUCUCUCGAGGAAAUUAUCCGUGAACAAAUGAAAGUCUCGUCACCAGCUUCAUCGUCGAUGCAGUUAAAUAUGAGCCCUCCAGGUAUUAGAGUUUCCGAGCGGGAGUUGCUUAAGGGAGUAGCUGAAAAUCCUCCCGUUUUGUUCUCCCACGCCAACACUGAGUUGACUCACCGAGUCAACCAUUUCUACUCCAGCUCCUCCGAAGAAUCGGUAAUUGUCAACACAGCCGCCACUCCUGCAGCGAGUCCACUCACUCCUUUGCCUCUCGCGACUCGACCAGCGUGCUAUUCUUCCGCUUCCUCCUCGUCCAAUUCGAUAACGGAAUCCGAAACCCUAACCCUAACUGAAGAUCCUAAUCCUGCUUCUAAUUCGAAUUCUUCCUCUUCUCGUGAAGAAGAUGAGAUAUUGGAAAAGCUUAAGAGUCUUGAUGUACAUGAUCAAGAACAGGGUGUGAUUUCGCUACGAAAGAUCACGAGAACGAAAGAGGAAAUCAGAGUUUCACUUUGUACGCCUCGAUUACUCUCUGCUCUUCGUACUUUAAUUGCUUCACGAUAUUUUGUUGUUCAAACAAAUGCCAUUGCUUCACUUAUUAAUCUGUCCUUAGAGAAAUUAAAUAAGGUGAAAAUUGUGCGGUCUGGUUUUAUUCCCUUAUUGAUUGAUGUGUUGAAAGGAGGAUUUGAUGAAGCCAAAGAGCAUGCUGCUGGUGCGAUAUUUAGUUUAGCUUUAGAGGAUGAAAAUAAGAUGGCAAUUGGUGUUUUAGGUGCAUUGCAGCCAUUGAUGCACAUGUUGAGGGCGGAGAGUGAGAGAGCUCGCCAUGAUUCGGCAUUGGCGUUGUAUCAUUUGAGUUUAAUACAGAGCAAUCGGGUUAAGUUGGUGAAACUCGGGGCUGUUCCGAUGUUGUUGAGUAUGGUGAAGUUGGGUCAUCUGGCGAGUAGGUUGCUGCUUGUGUUAUGCAAUUUGGCUGCUUGUAAUGAAGGGAGAUCGGCUAUGCUUGAUGCGAAUGCAGUGGCAAUAUUGGUGGGGAAGUUGAGGGAGGGUGGAGGGGGGAUUCGGAGUCAUGGGAGUAUGAGGUUUAAGGGAUUGGCUAAGGAGGCAAGAGCUGUGGAGGUGUUGAGGGAGAUUGAAGGGCAAGGGAGCGAUAGAGCAAGAGAGAAAGCAAAGAGGAUUUUGAUGAUGAUGAGAGGGAGAGACGAGGAGGACGAGGAGGUCGAUUGGGAAGAGGUUUUGGAAUCAGGUGGAAUCAGUCGGACUCGGUACCGAGUUGGUGGCAGAAAUUUGUAUGGUCCGAACUCUACUAAUUUUUGA